AUGGCUUCGAUCUUGAAGCGCAAGAGAGGGGGAGUGGAGGUCUUGGAUACCCCGAAACGUGCGAAAUCGGUGAAGAAAGAGAAUGGGAAUUCGACGUUGAAGGUGGAUGGGAAGGUUGAUUGGGAGAAGGCUGCGGAGGAGACGUCGAAGAUGAAGGAAUUGGUCAAGGUUAAUGGGGAGAACUUGACGAAUGGAGACGCUGUUACUGCUGUUUCCGAACAGCCUCAGAAUAAAAAUGUGCAAAAGAAGAAAAAUACGAAAGGAUUAGAUGCGCCAGAAACCGAUGCGGGGAAGUCUAUAGAGAAACCUUCAUUAUGGAAGCUAUCAGAGUCUAUAGCAGGUCGCAUGUCAAGUCUGGAACCAGUUUUUACUGCCGAUGAGAAACAUCUUCUUGUCACCACCCGAACCGCUGUCCUUGUCUACACCGCUGCCAAUUCCCUCUUAACUCGAUCGAUCAAAUUACAUCUUGCCGAAAGCGAGCCAAAUACUCGAAUUGUCUCAUUUUCUCUCUCUCCAACGGCACCUGAAAUUGUGUGGGUGGCAUGUUCAGAUGGAAAUGUGUACCGUGUGAAUUGGAUGACGGGUGAGGGUGCAAGCUAUUCUUGGAAAACAUCUUCAACUGGCUGCAAUUUCAUGACUGUAGCAGCCAUGGAAUCUCUCGGGCGAAGAAGAGACGUUGUCUUCACUACAGAAGCAAAAGGCGAUGGUUGGAGAGUUACUGCCAACGAAUUGACUGCGCCCGACGACCCUAUCAAAACGGCUGCCAGGACAAUUUAUACCUCCAAGGACCGUAUUCGAUACUUGAAGACAGGAGCAGCGGGCUCUGUGGUUGUAGCUGCAGCGGGAAAUAAGAUAAUUGUUGGAGGUCUGCGGACAACAGAGUAUGGUGUGGUUAGCAAUAUGAAGUAUGAGUUUCGGAUAUUCGAAACGAGCGACACCAUAUCAUCGUUAGAUGUCAAAGCUACGCCUAGACCUGAUGGUAAGGAUGUCAAGAAAUCGCUCAAGAGAACACCAAUUGUGGAUUUAGUUGUCGGAGAUGUUCGUGGAUCAAUAUUUUUGCACAACGACUUGUUAGCGAAUCUUAUGCUGGCCCAAGAUGGCAAACCAGGAAUCAGCCUCACGCCACGGAAAAUGCAUUGGCAUCGACAGGCAGUGAACGCGGUAAAAUGGUCUCGAGAUGGUAAUUACAUAAUAUCUGGUGGAAAUGAAACUGUUCUAGUCAUAUGGCAACUUGAUACCGGAAGUCAUCAAUAUCUACCUCAUCUAUCAUCCACAAUUCAGCAGAUUGUAGUUUCACCGACCGGAUCAUCCUAUGCUGUUCAGCUAGCGGACAAUUCUGCAAUGAUUUUGUCGACCGCGGAAUUGACUCCAACGACCAACAUUGCUGGUAUUCAAGCAAGCACUAUAGCCGGGACACAAAGCCUGGAGUCAGAAGUUGAACGAAUAGGAGAAGAGCAAUGGCCGAGUCGCCUCAUUCAGCGGACCCCUGCGCUCAUCAAUCCAAACUUUCCUUCUAAACUCUUGCUUGCAGUGGGACAGACGCAAGAAAUUGAUCCUGUCAAUCCGCUCGUGACCGGUUCACCAUAUCUCCAAACUUUUGAUCUUGGGACUGGACAUAAUGCUUCCCGUCAAGCACUAAGUCGAUCGAAUGUUACCAUCAUCAACUCGGCCCCAAGCGCUCAUAAGAUAUCCGAACCUAGAGUCACACAUAUGAAAAUUUCACAUGACGGCAAAUGGUUGGCCACGGUCGACGAGUGGACACCACCAGCCCGCGAUCUGACACAUUUGGCGUUGGAUAAGAAUAAUGCUGAAGAGGAACGACUGAGUAGACGUGAGAUAUACUUGAAGUUUUGGGAAUGGAGUGACGAGGAUAAUUCAUGGCAGCUUGUCUCACGAAUUGACGCGCCGCACACAUUAAGCCAGAACUCGACACAUCCAGGCCGAGUCUUGGAUCUUGCAGUUGAUCCCAACUCAUCGAAAUUUGUUACUGUAGGGGAGGAUGAAAUUGUGUGUACUUGGUCGACAAGAACGCGUAAGCGAGAUGGUGUUCCUGUACGUGGAUCAAAGGGUCAAGUCCUUCGAAAUUGGUAUUGCCAGCAUGCCAUAUCUCUUGGAAAACAAGAGAUGGCCGAGGACAUUGGUCAUAUAGAUGCAUCAGUUGCCGGUGCUGCUCUAGCAUUUUCCGAAGACGGCUCGGUUCUGGCUGCUGCAACUAGCAGUCAAGAUGGCAUUGUCCACUUCAUCGAACCGAACUCGGGCUCAAUUCGUCAAUCUCAGACUGGUAUUUUCCAAGGACAUCUCGUCAAGAUGGAUUUCCUAGGCCAAGACUUGAUCGUGCUCGCAGACCAACUCACACUCUACGACCUCGUAUCCAACGAAAUACGCAUGAACUUCAAACUCAACAUUCACCUUCGCGAGCUCUCCAUCGCUCAAAAGCAAGAAAUGAUCCACCUAGCAGCCGAUCUCAAAUCCCGCACCUUCGCCGUCUCGUUCCCAAUACGCUGCAAAGAUCUUACAGUGAAAAAGGAGAAGUCUUUGACGUACCAGCAAUCAGAACUCUUCAUCUUCCACCAAGACGAACUACAACCACAACUCCACGACAUCCUCCCCAUUUUCAUAACCGCCCUCCUCCCCGCCGCCGACUCAGAUGGUUUUCUCCUCCUCGACACCGCCGCCGAGAUCCGCACUGCUCAUAAGAAGGGGAGUCAGAUCCUCACAGCAAUGGCGCAAUCUACAUCUGCUCUCCUUCUUGACGACUCCGCCGAAGUCAACGGCGUUGUCGUGCCCACGGACGAAGAUGAGGAAAUGGAAGACGAAGAUGUCCAGCUACUCACGCCCGCGGCGACGGAAGAUGGAAAUGACGAUGAGGAUGAGAAUGACACGCCAGUUGUUACGGCGCAGCAGCUUGCACAGGUGUUUGAUAUCGGUCCGGCGUUUGCGCUGCCGCCGUUGGAAGUGAUGUUUUAUCAGGUUGCGGGGUUGUUUGCGGGGAAGCCGAUGGUGAGAGAUGUUUGA